UGCCGCAUACCACUGUAUGCGAUAUCUUGGAUUAUGCGGAGUAUUGGGUCCGGGCGGUCGGCAAAGGAGGGAACGGAGGAACUGCUACAGCGCCAAAUGCCUACUCGCCAAAAACGAUGUCCUACUGGGCCAGUGCACGGAUUCCGGAGUCUGCGAAAGUGCACAGAUCUGUACGCAGAAUCGUAUUCACCAUCGAAUCACACGACAUCGUCCCGUUGUCACCGGAGUCUAUCUUGAAUAGUGACUCCCCGUCACAGAUAUGGUUCGAGGUUC